AUGACGGAGAAGUCCGAGAAUGCCCGACCUCCCCCUGUCCCACCUCCCCCAUCGCCCCACCUCCCCAAGCGCCCAACCUCCCUCUGUCCCACCUCCCCAAAUGCCCCACCUCCCCAGCGCCCUAUCUCCCCCAGCACCCCACCUCCCCAGUGUCCCACCUCCCCCCAGCACCCCACCUACCCCAGCGCCCAAUUUCCCCAGUGCCCCACGUCCCAAGUAACCGACCUCGCCAGUGCCCCACCUCCCCUAGCGCCCCACCUCCCAAGUGACCGACCUCGCCAGCGCCCCACCUCCCAAGUGACCGACCUCGCCAGUGCCCCACCUCCCCCAGCGCCCUAUCUCCCCUAG